AUGUCUAGUGUGGCUGAUCAUCAUCAACACCACAUCAGAAGCUCUUCAACAACCUCCUCCUCGUCGAGACUUGAUUCGUCCUCUCUUCCGGAUGUGCAUUCGAGACCAUCCUCACAACUCGAUGUUACCACACCGAACAAGAAGGAUCUGAAAGGGUUACCCUCUUUACGAAGUUCAAAAACACCUGAAAGUAUUACAUUAUCGUAUGAGAGGGAUUUGAGGAUUGAAACUCCAAAAACUGAGAAGGCCAUAUUCAAUACUGGAGAAUAUGGACUGGUCGAUCUGAGGUUCCCAAAUGUACGAGGGAAACCACAAUCCGCAAAGAGAGGAACACGAAGGCUGCUUUCUGCUGGUACUACCAUGAGAAGAAGUAUGGAAGUCAAUAACGAGUAUGAAAUUGACUAUGACAGUUUGGAGGAGGAGUUGUUUUCACCCGAACUUUCAUCCUUCACUCUUUCUCAUAACCAACUCGUCGAGUCUUGUUGGGAUUAUUUACAAAAAACAACGCUAGGAAGUGAUCAACAAUUUAGACAAGCGAUGGACCUCGGCACACAAUACAGAAAAAAUGCAAAAGAAAACGACAUUUAUGAUGACAUUCAGAACAUGAUUUUAUCCAUGAAAUGCGAUGAAGAAAAACAAGAAAUGGAUUUGGAAAAUAAGAAAAAGAAAGAACAAAUUAAGCGAAAACAAAAGAAAAAUGCAAGUGUAAGGAAACAAGUCGACGAGAGACUUAAAAUUUUGUAUCAUAAUCCGGACGAGCUUGAGAGAUUGGAAAAGGAUAUUUAUCUUUACGAAAAACAAACAAAGGAGGCGGAACAAGAUAAAAAGUUGCAAAUGGUCCAUGUGAAUAGAAAUAAGAAGGUACCAGAAAAUUUCAGAGAGACUCGGAUGCAACAAUUAAAAGAGGCAUUUAAAAGACGAAAUGACAAGAUUGUACAAGCUCAAGAAAAGAAAGAAAAAUUAACAAAAGAGUUUCAGGAUCGUAAAGAAAAUCUGGCUCUCAAGGAUGAAAAGAGAAGACUACUGGCAGAAUAUAAUCGACAAGAAAAUGAAAAUAAGGCAAAGGAUGCAGAAUUAUAUUCCAAGUGGUCUUUCUUUGUCUGCCUGUUGUCAAGAUUUUUAAUUUUUGCAAGAGAGCUCUUGAGACGAAGAUAUUUAAGGAAAGAAGAAGAAAAAUUCAAGAGAGUCAAAAAAAUUUCCUACACCAGUUUGAUGCCAGUAAUUUGGGCAAAAAGAAGCCAAAAGUGGAAGCAAGCUUGGGACGUUUUCAAGAAACACUGGAUAUUCUAUCGUCUUUGGAUUGGUGUAAAGAAAAAGAAGGAAUCAACAAUGAUUAUCAAGUCCUUCCUCAGAGAGACCAACAUGUCUUUCCAAAUCGUAAGACAAGUUCAUUUGUUUUGGAGCAAGGUAAUCAAGGUGCAACGAUUUUUGAGAAAGUGGCACCAAAUUAAACAAAUGCAAAUAAUGAUUCAAGUACUGCAGUAUUCCAUUGUCGAGGCUAAAAUGCUUCGUGGAAUUCCAUUGAAAGGCGAAGUUGUAGAACCUCCUAAAAAGAAGAAGCUUCCUCCAAAUGGAGUGAUACCUCUGAAUCGCAGACCUUCAUCUCAACUUUCAAGUCCAAUGCUUCUUCGUGAGGAAAGUAAGAUUGCAGUAACUCCAAGCCUCGAUGAUACUGUUGAUAAUUUGGAACGUGAAGACAAAUUCAGAUUUCGACUGUUGCGGUUGCCUCUAGAGAUUAAGAAAGAAAUAAUUUCUAGUGAUCUCAAACAACGAAGAAAGGAGUACAUUACAGCUCAGAAAAUUUACAAGAACAAACUACAACAAUAUGAAAGAAGAGUACAACAACUCAUGUACAUUUUGCAAGCCAAGAGUGCUCUUAGUGGUGGAGCUACCUCUAUCGAUCCCUCCUCCAUCAGAGACGAAAAUGGAGAAAUUAUUGAGAAGCCAAAGCCACCUUAUUUAAAAGUUGUUUUAAGCGAGCUGGAAAUGAAGCGAUUGGUCAUUAUUGGUAACAAGAGAUUGAAAGAAAUUGAAGACAAUGAGCGUCAAAGAGUGCUUGCAAAUUAUGUCGAGUUUAGCGAAAAGCAAAAUGAGUUGGAUAUGUUUAGAGAGGAAUGGGAGCUCAAUGUAGCCAAUGGUUUUGACGAGUUGAAGAGAGUUUUGGGUGGUUCAUUCUUUGCACAUGAACAAUUGUUAAUGGCUCCCUUUGAGCUGUUCAAGAAACCAGAAUCUGAAACACCUACUGGAUCCUCUCCAAUUUCAAUGCAUUCCAAAACUCCAUCUCUCCCUCGAUCCUACACCAACAGCCCUGUCAACUACCUGGCCAAACAACAAACCAAAAAGGCCCUUAGCAAGUCUGUCAUUCCUCCAAAAGGAAUGGCUCAAACGAAGAGUGUUGUCAAUUUAGUGAAACGAUAG